GGAGUGACCUGAAAUCCUUUAGGUGUUGGCAGACUGACUGACUGAGUUGGAGACACAAGGAGGACCCGGAACCGUGAGCGGGGUGACGCCGGAAGCUGAGACCCGGAAGCGUGAGCGGGUGACGCCGGAAGCUGAGACCCGGAAGCGUGAGCGGGUGGCGCCGGAAGUUGGGGCCCGGAGCAGCGAGCGGGUGAGGCCGGAAGCUGGUAACCCGGGGCAACCGGGCUGGACGCGCUGCGGCUGUCAGGAUGUUCAGGAAAAGUGAACUAAGAAGUUCUGCCCUAGCCAGAGCCCACACCCAGCUCUCUGGGCUGAGAGCUUCAGGAAGGUUAGAGGACUCAGGAGAUGAACUGAAGGACUUUAUAAAUAUUCUUAGUAAGAAACACAGUGGUCUGGAGGUUGAUCUAUUCAACAUGGGUGAAGUUAGUGACAUUAGCGAACUUUCAGCAGAUGACACCACAGAUAGAGCAUGGAAAAGAAAUCUCAAUCCCCAAACUUUGGCCAUUCUAAAGCCGGCAGAAGACUUUGCUGAACCUCCAUUGAGUGGCAAUCGCUUCUUAAAGAAGCAAAACAUGGCAGUCGUGUCCCAUAGCCCCACCAUCAGCAGGAGCGUGCUGAAGAAAACGAGUGAUUCAGACGUGAGGAGACCCAACACUGCCUCCACACGAAUCCGAUCCUCCAGUGCCGCGCUUGCCAGGCUGGCACAGAUAGAAAACAAGAUCAUGAACCGAAGGCUGGGCUUGGACACCAGCAAGUCCGACGAGGAUCCACGGGGGUCCGAUGAGGGGCAGAUUUCAGCACAGACCAGCAGUGAGUUAAGUGAAAGAGGAAGUAGAUUUCUGAAGAGAACUUCGCAACUGACCGAGACCAAGCAAUCCAGCACCAAAGGGCCUGGCCAAGCAAUGGGAUCUGUAAAGAAAGUUCAUCCCAAGGCACAGGCUAAAACUGAAGUCACCAUUGACAGUGAUGAGGAGGAAUUGAGAAUGAUGCUGGGAGGCUCUCUUGAGCUCUCAGAUGAAAUUAAACAUGAACCGGGAUCCAAGGGAGCUGCAAAACUCAGUACUAAACUGUACAAUGAGACAAUCUUAAAUGACCGUCCAAAGACCCAAACAAGAAUGCCCUCUCCGCCCAGCAGAGGUUCCCCACAAACAGCCUGGUCUCCGAGGUUAAAGUUUGUGAAACGACCCCAGUCUCCCCUGUCUGAGAGGAGCGAGGUCAAGUCACUGGAUGAGCUUUUUACCGAACCAUCUGUCGCUGAGGACAUCAGCAGUCUGGAUGGGAACUCUGAUGACUUCAGAGUAAACAUCAUGUCUCUGGAAGAUCUCGUUCAAGCCCCAGAAGCGACAUCGACUCCCAAGAUGAAAAGGAGACAGGCCUCGGCCGAUCAGAGAACAGAGCCCGGCGUCCGCACCUCGAGGCAGCACACAGCGGACAAGCGGUUCAGAACACCGCCUGCCUCCAAACGCCUUCCACAGGACAAGGGUGCUGCAUGUGAAAGCGACGCCGAGAGCGAGAUCCUGACAGCGAACGCCGCCACUGAAAACGAAAUCUCAGAGCAUCUGAAUGAAGAUUCUACCACCUUGAGAGGGCCAAAGGGUCUGCCUGAGAGGCAGGAGGAGCUGUCAGAAGGCGACGACGCUGGUUCUUUGUUUUCUUCAGAGGCCGGAUACUCCGAGGACUUUGAUGAAUCUGAGCGUAGAGUGGCUGCACUGAUAACGGGGUGCAGCGAUUCCAGCAUGGAGCCAUCUCACAGAGAGGAGUUAACAACGCCCUGUUCUGACAGCAGCGAAUCCUACUCAACAAUCUCAUCUCGCACUCCAGAUACAAGCAGUCAGUCAUCCUAUCUAUUGAGAAGGAAGACAGAUACAAGACGCAAGAAGGUGACUCUAAAAGAUAUAGCAAUUCAGACCCAGGUGCCCGGAUUCACCUACAGCUGGCCCAAAGGGGAAGGCGUGGCAGUCCUUGGACCAUCCUUUGGCACAUCAUACUUGGACCCUACACCCAUUGCCAGCCACGUUGUCAGUCCUGAGGCGAUGGAAGCACUGACAUCAUAUAGUCCCGCUGUCUUUGCUCUGAACGACAUGCUGAAACAGCAACUCCUCCUGACCCGCCAGUUUGUGGACAUCAGUCAUCACCUCCACUUGUCCCUUGUGACUUCACUAGAACAAGACAGCUACCACUACACUACGCUUGAAGAAACUCAGGAGUUCGUCAAAGCUCACAUGUCACCACCGCUCACAUUCGAUCAGGCCCUGGAAGAGGUUCUGCAGGAAAUGAAAGAGUAUCACUACAUCUAACCGCAGGGAUUACCCAGGCUAUUACACACAGAAUGAAAUCUCCAAACACUCGCCUUGUCAGGACAAGGGACUUCUGCCUGGAGACUUGCGUUCACAUCAGUGUUACCAGUAAAGCUUUUACCAUUCCAGCAGCAUAUUUUAACCUGGGCUUUUCAGAUUCUGUUUCCUGUGCAAAUACAACUCGCUUAUGUCCCCAGUUAAUUAUACACCAGUCAACACUGAUUCUAAUGGCAAGAAACGGAACGUUUAUGCUUCAUACAAUACAAAAUGACGUCCUGAACUGCUGGAUAUCAAUUCUUGCACGGUCUUGUCAAGUCUUGUCAAGUGUCUUGUCAAGGCAACGUGUUUUUAAACCGCUUCAUGGCAGUGAGUUAAACUUUGAAGUUUAGCAAAGGUUGUUGAAGUCAAACGCAGCAGCUUACUCUGCACCAGCAAUGCCCCACAAACAGCAAUGUGAUGAAUAACCAGAUUGAAUCUGGGUUUAGGGCACUGGGAGAACUCCCUGCUCUUCAAAAGAACGUCACUGAACCAGCCCAAACAGGAGAAAAGUUGAAGAGGGAAACAAAUCCAUAUUGAUUAAUGCCGUGUUGUAUCAGCGAGUUCAGCACAG